CAAUUUUUGUAAAGGUCCACUAGACGAUGAAUCAUGCCAAAUAUCUAAGGUCUAGUCCAAGUAAGUUCAGAGGAGAAGAAUUUUGAAGUUUUAACUAUAAACAUAUAGCAAAUACCCAUGACCCCCCGGGGUGGGGCCAAUUUUGACCCCAGGGCCAUAAUUUGAACAAACUUUGAAGAGGUCAACUAGGCGAUGAAUCAUGCCAAAUAUCUAAGCUCUAAGCAACGUAAGUUCAGAGGAGAUUUUUGAAUUUUUUUACUAUAACCAUAUAGAGAAAACCCAUCAGCCCCAGGGUGUGGCCAAUUUUGACUCCAGGGCCAUAAUUUGAACAAACUUUGUAGAGGUCCACUAGACGUUGAAUCAUGCCAAAUAUCUAAGCUCUAAGCCACAUCAACAAUUAGAACCUUCAAAGGAUGUCAAACCUCAAAAGUCAUCAGUUGAUGUUAGUAUGUUCGGCGAAAGUUCUGGAAUGGCGGACGCUGUAUUGCUGGUUGAAAAAACACCUAUUCUUGUCAUCAAGGCUGUCCUUGGCGUCGCUUCACCGGUGUUCCGGGCUAUGUUCGAAAGCGAUUUCAAGGAAAAGGGAAGCAACAAGAUAUCGUUGCCAGGAAAGAAACUAUCUGUUGUCGUUUUGCUUCUUGAAUGCAUAUACCCUGAUAUCCUUCGUACAGUUACUGCGGAUGUUGCCUUUAAACUCAUCCCAUUAGCAGAAGAAUAUCAAAUUUCGAAGUUGAAAGCGAUGGGCGAAAAAGUGUUGGUUCAAGCACUGCGACUUAAAUUCGAGGACUUUUAUCUCAAAGAAUGCACAUCUCUCUAUGCAUAUCUGUACUUGGCUGCUACAUAUCAUUUACAAGAGUUACACGAAUAUUGCGUAACAGUUGCUGCCGAUUUUAUGCAAUCUGAUAGAGAAAAGGCCAUGUUGAAGUACAAAAUUCCUGAUGCAACAAUCAUGAAAAUUGAUAAACUUGCAAUCUGUCGACACGAGAUAUUCCGCGCGGAUGUAGAUCUAAUGAUGGAAAACAUUCAGGUGCCCAGAGGUAACACCGCAACGAACGUUAUUAAUUCAAUGAUAUAUAAGGAACAAAAAGGUUUCAGAAAUGAUCAACGAUAUAGGCAAGAAGACGAAGAGAUUACAAUACAAGCCGCUGUUAAUACUAUGUGUGGAUUACGACUUGCGUACAUAUACGCAAAAGACAAUUUUUCUCUGCAUAAGUCUGCAAUCUUGAUGAUUAGACGGGUUCCAGGGUAUGCUAGUUUGCCCGGAUUCAAGUUAAUGCCGGAGAACAUAAAGCGUGAUAUUGUUGGUGUGUCUGUUGACAAGUUUAAUUAACGUGUUGCUCAAGAUUUCAGAUCGAUUUUAUAAAAAAUUGAAUCAAACAUCUGUAUUGUGUCUCUCAAAUUCUUAUCCUUUUAAAAUGCGGAGGUCCAUGAACAUGUAAUCUUUUGUGGUAAAAAAAACAUACGGACCGUACAGUUUUUACACAAAAUGUCUUUGUCGCUUUGUCGCAAUAUAUACUCUCUUUACAUUUAAGGUUCACUGUAAUGCUACUUAUCAUUAUAUAAAAAACGUCUCUGAUUCGUUUUGUUUUGAUGUAUUUAAAUCAUUGGCACAGUUUAUAUCAAGAACAUAUGAAAAAUAUGAAAAUCUAGAAGAUGGACACGAUUAUAUAUAACUAUAAACAUAUGUACCCAAUGGGUAUAUAUAUGUAAAAAUAAUUUAUACAGUAAAAGGGCAAUGUUAAGCAUGCAAUGUAUGUUGUACUAAACAGUUUACACUGAUUUGUACAUGUUUUACUACAUCUAGCUUAAAAUGAUUUGAAACUGUCUGUAUAUAUUUUUUAGCUUUAUAGUAAGAACAAAGUCUUUAAUCUUUAUUCUUUACUGGUUUGUGCACCACCGAGUAAGCAAUCAUUCCAUUAUUUGAUUAGGCAAGUCAUUGCUGUACUUUUAAGUAAGUAUACCUCAAUAUCUGCAUGUUUCCCUGCAUUCAGUGCAAAGAAGGAUGUUCAUUUUCUUAUUACAUAGGUCAUGUUGUUUGACGACGACAUUUUGGAUUGGCCUGAUAGCAAAUUAUUAAAACAUAUUGUUCAUCAAAAUAUCUGUGUCAAAAUGCCCUUAAUUACCGUAUAUACAUAAAACGUGACCAAACUGACGUUGAACUGACAUGUAAGCAAUGGUAGUAGUAGUAGUAAUAGUAGUAGAAGUAGAAGUAAUAAUAGUAGGUAAUAGUAGUUGUAGUACUAGUAGAAGAAGUAGUCGAAGUAGAAGUAAAAGUAGCAAUAGAAGUAGUGGUAGUGGUAGUGGUACUGGUAGUAGUAGCUGUAGGUGGUAGUAGUAGAAGUAGCUGUGGUAGUAGUAGUUGAAGUAGUAGUAGUAGUAGUAGUAGUAGUAGUAGUAGUAGUAGUAGUAGUAGUAGUAGUAGUAGUAGUAGUAGUAGUAGUAGUAGCAGCAGCAGCAGCAGCAGCAGUAGUAGUAGUAGUAGUAGUAGUAGUAGUAGUAGUAGUAGUAGUAGUAGUAUAAGAAGUAGUGGUUGUAGUAGUUUUAGUAUUUGUAGCAGUAGCAGCAGCAGUAGUAGUAGUGCUUAUCAAAUAAUAACAGAAUCAGAGCUUUGCCCAGUCGAUGUGAGCAUGUUUGGAGAAACCGAUGGUUUGGCGGAUGUUAAUAUCUUGGUUGAAGGACAUCGAUCCCCGUCAUCAAAGCGUUUUGACAUCUUCCAUUAUUUCUUCACCUGUCCAUUAUAUAACGUACAAAGAAAUCAUCUCAUUGGUCGGUUAUCCACCGUUGGUCAAUUGUCUCUCGAAUUAUACUCUUUGGAUCGAAGGAAGCCUCAUAUCAAACGAACAAACUUAUCUUUGACAACGUCCAGAACUAUAUACGUCAAUAUAACAGUUUUAAGUACAAAUUCUUUCAAACCUUAUCCCGAUUCAGAUCUGACCAGUGCCUGUACUACCUCCCUCAUUUCACCUUCCUUUUCGUCUAACUUUAUCCUUUCUUCUCUCUAACGAAUUGAUUACAAACGAAAACAACUUGAUUUUAACAUACCAUAGUUUAUAUCAUACGGCGAUAAGAUUAUGUUUUUCGAGUCAACGCAACUUGCGCAUUAGCCUAAGCAGCGUGAAUGACCUACAGAAGCGAGACAUAGUAUAAGCCGUAAGGCUUUAUUCUCACUUCUGUUAACACUAUUGUUUUGUGCAUUAUUUACAUAUUCUUUGUUUCAAUGCAACAUAUAUUUGGUCUUUGUUAAUAAUGAGUAUGUUCAAAUUUGUUGAACUAAACCAAUUGUAAAUAUUAUAUCGAAAUAAAUACCGUUUAAACCAAA